UUCAUCGAUAUCAGCGGACCACGCGCCUAUCGGCCUAUCGAGCUGCAAACGAAAAAAUAAAUAAAUAAAUAAAUUGAAAGUGAUAUUAUAAGAGCAAAUUGUGACGUUGGGCAGGAGAAAAACGCCGGUAACGAUAUAAAAGCGCCGGCGGUUAGGUGAAGUCUUUCGUUUAGUUGCAGUCACAACAAAUCGCCAGCAAGAUGGGACGCCGCUCCAUAAACACCACGAAGAGUGGAAAGUACAUGAAUCCCACGGACCAGGCGCGCAAGGAGGCCCGCAAGAAGGAGCUCAAGAAGAACAAGAAACAGCGCCAAAUGGUGCGGGCCGCCGUUUUGAAGAACAAGGAUCCUUCACAGAUACUUGAGGAGAUGGAGAAGAUCGACGAGAUGGAGUACAACGUUCUGCAACCAUCGCCGCUGAACGAGAAGGUGCUGCGCGACAAGCGCAAAAAGCUGAAGGAGACAUUCGACCGCGUAAUGCGACUCUAUCACAAUGACGAGCCGGAGCACUGGGCGGACCUCAAGCGCAAGGAGGUGGAGUACGAGAAGAAGCGCCUGAAGAAGCAGCAGUACUACGAAAGCGUUAAGCACGCCCAGAGCGUCCAGAUUGACGAAAUUCCGCUGCCCGCUCCGGUGUCUGCCAUGCCAGGCGGAUCUACCGAAACGACUGGCGGAUCGGUGGUGACGGGAUUCGGCGCAUCCGUUGUCAUACGCCUUCCCCCACCGCCCAUGACAAUGGCCCUGCCGCCUUAUGCGCCAGGUGCUCCGCCAGGCGUGUCCAGAAAUAGCGAUUUAGCCAGCGAGGCGCAAGCGGAGAAAUCGAAGGAGAACGAGCAAAAGGAUUGGCUGGGUGUCCCGCCGGGACCGCCGCCAGAUCUGUUUGCCUUAUCCGAACUCAAUUCCGAUGCCGAGGGAAAUACUGACUACGAUGGUGAGGGCGAGGAGGAAGAGCCAGAGUCGUUGAAGAAGGGCAAGGACAAGGAGAAGGACAAGGACAAGAACAGCGAAGCCGCCGAGCCAAAUAACCAAAAUAUCGACGACUUCAUGAAAGAAAUGGAGCAUGUUCACAAGCGUAAGCACCGAAAACUAACGGCUAAAGAGGACGAGGCCGACAAAAAGCGGGAGGAGGACAAUGGGAAAGAUAUAGAUAAGUUAGAUGAACGAGCAUCUGACUCCGAUAAGAAAACCCCCAGCAGUACGGACAAUGAGGAGGACGAUGACCAGGAUGAGGAUGAAAAGAUGCCCGAAGUGCCGACCAAGCCAGCAUCAGUCAAAUCAUCCACAAUAACGCCCGCACCAGCUCCUGCGACAGCGCCCACAUUGCCGACUAUUCCGCUGCCACCAGCGUCGUCGGUGCCUGCGCCGCCACAGCUGCCACACCUACCGCCCAUUCCAAAUCUUGGGCCACCGGGCAUAAUGUACCGACCUCCACCCAUGCGACCUCCUCACCCGGGUGCCGGCUUCGGCAUACGCAUGCCACCUGGACCGCCGCCAGGACCCAGGGCACCGCAUGGCCUGGGACCAAUACCGCGCAUGGGCAUCAGGAUGCCGCCAGGACCGCCGCCCGGCCUGCCUCCGCGCCUCGCGCACCACAAUAAGCAGGGAGGCGGCGCAGGUGCACCGAAGGAGUCAGCCAAGGGCGUGGCCACCAUUACAGCCAAGCCACAAAUCAGGAAUCUGAGUGCGGAUGUCACCCGCUUUGUACCGUCCACGUUGCGAGUGAAGCGCGAGGAUCAGCGCCGCACGGCGAGGCCCAGGCACGCGGCCAACGAUGGACACCACGCCCACUCCGAGGUGCACAGCAAGCCGCCCACCAAGGAUGACGCCUAUCUGCAGUUCAUGAACGAGAUGCAGGGCUUGCUGUAGCACGCGAAAGGAGUCGCGUAGUAGUAGCUGAGUAGUCUAAGUCCUAGAUAAAGCGUGUCAUCCAAACCAAUACCAA